UCCUUCGCCCGUCUCCCUCAACAAUGGUGGCUAGUGAUCACGAAUUAUCAGAGCACCAACUCGGUUCGCGAAAGAGAAGGAAGCUCUCUGACGACGGCGACGAUGACGCCGCCUCAGAUGGCGAUGUGCCCGCGCCCACACUCCCCGUCCCUGCGAUCUCCAGGGUCAAAGUAAAACCGAAAACCCAAGCCUCAACUGAGGCAACAGCAGCACCAGGAAAUUCAGGCUCAGGAAAGCCACCUGUGCAAGUCCCGGCUACCGAUCCGAAGGCCACUUUUGCCUCCCUGAACGUAUCGCCAUGGCUGGUGAAAGCCCUGGCGGCCAUGGAGAUCAAGCGACCUACGCCAAUCCAGCAGGCCUGCAUUCCGGAGAUCCUCAAGGGCCGGGAUUGCAUAGGUGGCUCGAGAACGGGUACCGGCAAGACGAUGGCAUUUGCAGUCCCCAUACUUCAGAUAUGGGCAAAGGACCCAAGUGCUAUCUUCGCUGUAGUUCUCACGCCUACGCGGGAGCUGGCCAUUCAGAUCUACGAGCAGUUCAUGGCGAUUGCUGCUUCUUCCUUUCUCAAGCCCCUUCUCAUAAUCGGGGGCGACGACCAGCGUGAGCAAGCAAUCAAGCUUGCAUCCAGACCGCACGUGGUUAUUGCCACGCCAGGCCGUCUAGCAGAGCACAUCAAGACCUCUGGCGAGGACACCAUCUGCGGCCUUCGCCGAGUCAGGUUCGUCGUCUUCGACGAAGCAGAUCGCCUGCUCGCACCCGGACGAGGCAGUAUGGUCGACGACAUCGAGACAUGCCUAUCGGUGAUGCCUCCCAAGGAAAAGCGCCAGAAUCUCAUGUUCACCGCUACCAUCACGAAAGCAAUGCAUGCACUCAAGGAGGAGCCACGCCCUGGACGACCGCCCAUCUUCUUCUGCGAGAUCGACACCGAGACGUUGGCCAUCCCGCCUAACCUCCAGCAGAAAUACGUCCAAGCCCCCGUCACGCACAAGGAAUGCUAUCUCCAUGUCCUCCUCGAAACCCCCGAGAACAUCAAGAAAUCCGUCAUCCUCUUCUGCAACCACAAAGCCACCGCCACCGUCCUAGAAUACAUGCUGCGUCUCCUCGGCCACCGCGUCACGGCCCUCCACGGUGGACUCAGCCAGCGCGACCGCACUGCCAAUCUCGCCCGUUUCCGUGCCCAGGCAGCCAGGAUCCUCGUAGCUACCGAUGUUGCAGCUCGCGGUCUCGAUAUCCCCGAAGUUGCCCUCGUUAUCAAUUACGAUCUCCCUCGCGAUCCGGACGACUACAUUCAUCGGGUUGGUAGGACGGCACGUGCGGGGAGAGGCGGUACCAGCAUUACGAUCGUGUGCCAGCGCGAUGUGGAGCUCGUGCAUGCCAUUGAGGAGAGGGUGGGGAAACAGAUGGAGGAGUAUGAGGAAGAGGGCGUCAGCGUGGAGGGUAGGGUUGUCCGUGAUGCGCUGAAGCCUGUUACAGAGAAGAAGCGGGAGGCGUUGCUCAUGAUUGAGGAGGGCAAGGACGUGCUCGGGAAGAGGAAGUUCAAUUUGCAGAGGAAACCCGGCAGGAACAUGUAGGGCUUCGUCUGAGUAGAAAGGGGCCUGUGCUGGAAAUGGGAUCUAAGGUGGUUGUUGCUGACGCCGGAUGGAGGUAUUGGCAGAUGUUGGGUUGGAGAGGGCCUCCAAACACCAGUCACUCCUAAUAUCAUAAUGGAAUCAGUGGAUGAC